AAGAAGUAAUAUCCACUUCAGAAACAAAUAAUAAACAUUUUUUUUUAAGAAAGAAAGAAAUCAUUGAAAACAAUAUUGAUGGAGAAGCAAGUGAUGAUAAAAAGCUUAGAGUAACCGCAAAUUUAUGUGCACCUCUUCUUUAAUCGUCCCCUCUUUUGUUUUUGUUUAAUAUCUUCCAUAUCUUCUGUUGUUUUUUAUGUUGUUUGCUUCUUUGUCUCACAAGUAUAAUAUCUGUAUAUUUCUGAACAACUUAAAACCUUCAUCCUCAAAUGGUAUUCACUCAUUCUCUUUGCUUCUUUUUUUUUUUUUUUCUUUCUGGGUUUUUACUUCUCUUUGUUGUGUUGCUUAUCCAUUAUAUUUGCAGGGAAAUCAAAACAAUUUUGCAAGUUAAACUGGUGGGGGAAGACAAGAAAAAGAAAACAGAGUACUCUGUAUCUGUGUCUCCCCUGUUUUGCCUCUUAUCGUCUGCAACAUGAAAGUUUAAAAAAAUGGAGAAGAAGGUGGAUACAUGUUCUCCAACUGGUGUUCUGGAGGAUUUCUUUAGGAGUGAAGAAUUCGAAAGGACUAACUCUUGUAAAGAACCAACAAAUGAUCAAAGCUCAAAGCAAGGUGGUUCUAAAUGGCGAGGAUUGGCACAAUUAUUCCGAAGUAAAUCGAAGAAAUCUUUAGCGAAUUUGCAGAAUUUCGGGUCAUUUAGGCUGUCGUUAAGGAGUAAUAGCAUGAGAGGAAACUUUGCUGUUGCACCAGAUUUUCUUUCCGGUUCAUAUAAUCAUAGGAAAAUUUUUACCCUUUCAGAGCUUCAAGCUGCCACAAAAAACUUCAGCACUGAGAAUCUUGUCGGAAAAGGUGGUUAUGCUGAAGUCUAUAAAGGGAGUUUACGAAACGGACAGCUUGUUGCAAUAAAACGACUAACAAAAGGCACAGCCGAUGAGAUUAUAGGGGAUUUCUUGUCUGAGCUUGGGAUUAUGGCUCAUGUGAACCAUCCCAACUCUGCUAAGUUAAUUGGUUAUGGAAUUGAAGGUGGAAUGCAUCUUGUCCUUGAGUUGUCUCCAAAUGGGAGCUUAGCUUCUCUUCUUUAUGGUUCAAAGGAAAAACUGACAUGGGGUAUUAGGUUUAAGAUUGCUUUAGGAACAGCUGAAGGUUUAAGGUAUCUUCAUGAAGGUUGCAAGAGGAGAAUCAUACAUAGAGAUAUCAAGGCUGCAAAUAUUUUGCUUACAAAGGACUUCGACCCUCAGGUACCCUCCAAAACCAAAUCCUUAAACGUUCCAUUUCUUACAUUGUUAUAUAGUAACACAAGAAAGCAACAGAUUUGUGACUUCGGACUCGCGAAAUGGCUACCCGAAAACUGGACUCACCACAACGUUUCCAAGUUCGAAGGCACUUUCGGCUACCUAGCUCCUGAGUACUUGAUGCACGGCAUAGUCGACGAAAAAACCGAUGUGUUUGCCUUUGGUGUACUGUUGUUGGAACUCGUUACCGGCCGUAGAGCUCUGGAUUACUCUCAGCAAAGCCUUGUAUUGUGGGCUAAACCUUUGCUAAAGAAGAACGAAAUCCGAGAGCUGAUCGAUCCCAAUCUUGGCAACGAUUACAGUGCUCGAGAAAUGAGCCUUGUCCUCCUAGCCGCUUCGCUGUGCAUACACCGGUCGUCGAUACGGCGUCCGCAAAUGAGUCAGGCACUGCAGCUACUUAAUGGUAAUCCCAACAGCUUAAAGAGCAUUAAGAAAUGUCGGGUCCCGUUUUUUCAAAAAAGCUUUCAAUGAAGAGAUUUGAAAUGGUGCAUGCAAAGAGAUGAAGUUGAAAAGGGGGACCAAAUUGAAAAGAUUGACUUUGUUUCACGUACAUUAAAAAAAAUGGGAUUUUUAAAAAGGAACAGAACAGGAUUAGGGUUUGGGUAGAAUUCCGAGGAGGGCAAAAAGGAAAGUGAAGAAUGGCAGUGUGUUUGGGACAUAGAAGACAUGUACAUAAGAGAAUCAUAGGGGAACAGAAGUAGAGAGAAUAUCCUAUGCUUCAGUCAAUUUUUGUCGGACAAAUAGAUUAAAGAGGAGAACCAGCCAUUGUCAUUCUUUUUUUUUUUUUUUUCUAAUUUAUUUUAACUUUAAAGCAAACUAUGAUUAAAGGAGUUGUUUUUUAAUUCCCAAAAGAAGGCUAUUUUGUUUUUAUUUUUUAAAUAAGAUAUUUAUUUGCUAUGUUAUUAUUCCACGUCAUCUUUAAUUUAUUCCUUCAA